UCCCGAUGUGGCAGAGGGGUGUCUGCCGCCGUCAGGGAGGCAGAGGGCCCGCGAGCACAGUGCCGGAGACACAGCCACCAUCCUCUCCGCCUGCCCGGCCGCCUCCGGGACACGCUCCUCGUCUACGGAUUCUCUCCAACCAGCUUCAGCAAGCUCCCGGCUCGGCGCCCGCUAAUCCUCCUUCCACACGGGCUCACAGCGCAGGCAGGAGCGAAGUGUCUGAUUUGGGCACGUGAGGCGCGCGAACCCCGGACGCGGGGAGCCUCCUUCCACUACCUGCAGGUAUGAAGACCCCCCACAAAAAGGAAGCUGCAGGGCAGGAAACCAGAGAAGCUGUCAGUCGCCACACCGGAUCUGCAAAUAUGAGGAAGAAAAAAUCCUCUCAAAAGAAGCAGAGGGGCAGACCUUCAUCCCAGCCCCGCAGGAACAUCGUGGGCUGCAGAAUUUCACACGGGUGGAAGGAAGGCGAUGAGCCCAUCACCCAGUGGAAAGGAACCGUUCUGGAUCAGGUGCCUAUAAAUCCCUCUCUUUAUCUGGUGAAAUAUGACGGAAUUGACUGUGUUUAUGGACUGGAACUUCACAAAGAUGAAAGGAUUUUAAAGCUUAAAAUCCUUCCUGAUAAGGUGCCAUUUUCUCGAGUCAGAGAUUUGCGCCUUGCAAAUACCAUAAUCGGUAAAGCUGUGGAACAUAUUUUUGAGGGCGAGCAUGGUUCUAAGGAUGAAUGGAGAGGGAUGGUCCUAGCCCAAGCACCAAUCAUGAAAGCCUGGUUUUAUAUCACCUAUGAGAAAGAUCCUGUCUUGUACAUGUACCAGCUUCUAGAUGAUUAUAAAGAAGGAGACCUCCGUAUCAUGCCAGAGUCCAGUGAGUCUCCUCCAGCAGAGAGGGAACCAGAAGGAGUUGUAGAUGGCCUGAUAGGUAAACAUGUGGAAUAUACCAAAGAAGAUGGCUCCAAAAGGACAGGCAAGGUCAUUCACCAAGUCAAAGCCAAACCUUCUGUGUAUUUCAUUAAGUUUGAUGAUGACUUCCAUAUCUAUGUGUAUGAUUUGGUGAAAAAGUCCUAACUGUUAGGGUACAAUUGGCCACAUUGGUGGAGGCAAAUGUAUGAUUUGGAGACACACAAAAAAAUGUAACUUUUUAAUGUAUAGAAAGCUUUAGAGUCCCUACUAACCAACAUCAUUGCCAGCAUAACUGUUGAUUUGUUCUGAAAAAUACAAAUGUAU